UGUGCACUUUGUUAUCGACCCUGGACCGUCGGGGUGCUCGGGAGGCUUUCCUUUUUGCAUCCUUGGAGAAACAAAAAGCAUAUCUUUGCCAAGCAAUGUCCAGUAUGCCAAAUGAUGGUAGAAUCAGGCAGCUUAUAUUUGAUCAAUCGGAAUAGAAUACAUCUAGGGAAGAUAGUUCGUCUCCAGUGUCUGAUGUGGACAACCAAUUGAGCCUGAGAGAAAUGCAAAAUGAUCUUCCCUCUUCUACUGUUGCCAUAGUCCCUGAAGUCGGGAAGAAAGGAGAACAGAAAGACCAAUGGAACGGUUCCCAAGCUUUUGACUCGUGGGUAUGGAAGUCGUUUUAUUCGGAACUCAACACCGUUAAAAAUGGGAAGAGGGCAUAUAUUGACUCACUCAGAAGAUGUGAACUGUCAUGACCUCUAUUGGAGAGAUGAGAAGCACUGUAAAGUUUGCCAUACAACAUUUGAGCUUGAUUUUGAUCUAGAAGAAAGAUAUGCCAUUCAUUCUGCAGUAUGUCAGGACAGUACAAAUAUUAACAAAUAUCAUAGACAAAGGUUACUGUCAUCCCAGUUGCAAGCACUCAAAGCUGCAAUUUAUGCAAUUGAGACAGUUCUGCCUGACGAUGCCUUUUUGGGGCCUUGGAAAAAAUCUGCUCAUAAUCUUUGGGUCAACAGGUUACGACGAUCUUCGAGUUUGGCAGAGUUUUUGCAGGUUCUAGCUGAUUUUAUCAGUGCUAUUAACGAGGACUGGUUUUAUCAAUUAAAUGACGAGGACUGGUUUUAUCAAUUAAAUGACGAGCUGCAUUUAAAUUGUCUUCUGGAUGAAAUAUUUGCAAGCUUCCCAUCCAUGCCACAAACAUCAUCUGCAGUUGCACUUUGGUUGGUAAAAUUGGAUUUGUUGGUUGCCCCUUACAUUGGAAGAGUUCAGUCUCAAAAUAAAGCUCGAUCUGUUGGCUGAUUGAAAGGUACGUCAGUCCUAAUCAAUGCACAAUUUCCUGGAGAAUCGAUGAUAAAGAGAAGUAUAUGCAUCGGCUCUUCAUACUCUCUACUUCCUGAGGUAGCAAAAUCUCAGUCAUCACCAUACAAUCUAGUUGACGGUUAUAAGGUGAAAUUUGCGAACUUUCUUUUUAUUCUUUGUAAAAAGAGUAAAACAUGCAUAUGAUAGUUUCAGACCUAAUUCCAAAGUCACACCUCCUUUUACAUGUCACUCAGUCUCUACUCAUUUUUGUCUAUUGAUGCACUCUAGUCGAGUUCUUGUUGAUGUACAGCGGUUUUUGAUAGGUUUCCUCUUUCUUUGCCCCAUAAUCUCAAUUUUGUUACUUAGGCAUUAGCCUGUGAUUGUUUCCCAAUAGCAGGUUGAAAUUUUGUUUCUUGUAUGUAAGAACUCACUGUAAAAUAAAUAAAAUCGUAUUUGUUACUGUUUAUCAA